CAAUGCAACCUCCUACUCCGUAUCAUUCCCGGUAUCUAUGUUCUUCACGAGUCCAACAAUGACCGAUGGGCUGCCGAUCAGUGACUUGUUGCUAUCUUCUUUUUUGAUGACCCCACAGUAGUCUUAUCCCAUGAUCCCGCCCGGAAGCACCUGACCUCAAACAUUCUCUGAUUCUUACCACUCAACAAACAAAACCCACACCUCACCACCAAUAUACGUAUCUCAUUUCUUCCCCAAUCAUGGCGUCACCCGGCAAGACAAAACUAACAGCUCCCAACCUCGUGCUCGAGGCCCUUCCCCUCACGCGCGAAGCAUUUGCCUCGUUCGGCGACGUGAUUGAAAACCCGCGGCCCAAUGUCCACCCAUCCUCCAUGUCAUCGUCCGCAAGCCCAGGCUCAGCCGCCGUGACCCUCCCCUUCGACGCCAUAUCCGCCAACCAGGGCUCCGCCAUCAAAUACCAGCACGUUACACGCCCCAUCAACCUCUAUUCCAAGGCCCCGAGCGGCCGCCCAGGCGUGGCCGUCACCAACAUGUUUGUCUGCGCCAGCCGCGGCGAGGAUGCCCUCCCCAUCCCCAUCCUCGAGCGCCAUCCCUACACGACGCAGACCUUCGUCCCUCUGCAAUCCAACAACAGGGACAAGGGCAACGGCUAUGGCUAUCUUGUACUUGUCGCGCCCACUCUCCCCAAUCCCCAUACUAAAGACGGCAGCGGGGGUCUUCCGGACUUGGGCGGGCUGCGCGCAUUCGUGGCGUCGGCCGACGGGCAGGCCGUCACCUACGGCGCGGGGACCUGGCACGCGCCCAUGGUGGCGCUGGGCUCGCCGGGCACGGCCGUCGAUUUUGUGGUGGUGCAGUUUGCCAACGGGGUCGCUGAGGAGGACUGCCAGGAGGUGUAUCUCGAGUCCCCUGAACAGGGCGGGGGCAGGGGGGUUGUGGUCAAGGUGGGCCGAGACCGGUUGCCGGGCAAGGUUGGGGCGUCGAAGCUAUCGAAGUUAUGACUAGUUACAAGGUGAACACCAAUCGUGGGUGGGAAACGGGAUUUGAUUCUGAUGAGCCCGUGCUGCGGUUGGUUCAGGAGGCUGGAGAGUCACUUCACGCUUCAUUUACUUGUCACUGGCACAGAGCAGAGUGGAAUGGUGCUAACCUCAGUCCUAAUGUAUAUGAGGCCAUCGAGGAUAUCUGAAUCUCCUCCCAGUCCAUUCCAGGUGGAACAGGGUGACGCCUUUAGGCGCCGAUUCAGUCCUGAUGGUCUCCCUGAAGAAAACUGAAUAUCCGCAAUCGACUCCGUGUACUUGUACAAUGUAUAUGAGACCAUCGGGGAUAGCUGAAUCUCCCUCUGCAAUUCCAGGUGGAACAGCGUGACGCCUUUAGGCGCCGAUUCCGUCCCGAUGGUCUCCGAACAAAAUUGAAUAUCCGCAAACGCACUCCGCGCAUAAUUUCUCCCUGACCAUCGAGGAUAGCUGAAUCUCCUCUGAAUGUA